AUGGAGCCCCUGACCGAAGACCUGCGCAGCAAGGCUUCUGCGGCGGGCGUGAAAGCCUUCAGUAUGGAGGAGGUGGAGAAGGUCGGUGCUGACAAGCCUUUGGAACACUUGGCGCCAUCUCCACAGGACAUCCUGACAUUCUGCUACACCUCGGGUACGACCGGUGACCCAAAGGGUGUGCUCCUGACGCAUCAGAGCCUCUGCGCGGCUUACUCUGGGGCUAUGGGUCGGAAAGCCCUCCAAAACGUUGCGACUGACGUCCACAUGUCCUACCUGCCUCUUCCCCACAUCUUCGAGCGGAUGGUGCAGUUCGGCGUUAUCAUGGCCGGUGCGUGCAUCGGCUUCUACCAGGGAGAUACCUUCAAGAUCGUGGAAGACUUGCAGGCCCUCCGGCCGACCAUCUUUCCUUCCGUGCCGCGGCUGCUCAACCGCGUCCACGACAGGCUGCUUGCUGGCGUUCACGAAGCUGGUGGCUUGAAGAAGGUUCUGUUCGAGAAGGGCUUUGCCGCCAAAAAGGCGAUGCUUCCGCAAGGCAAGAACACCCACCCACUGUGGGACAGGCUGGUCUUCAAGAAGGUCGCCGAAAAGGUGGGCCUUGACCGUGUUCGGGUCAUCGUCACUGGGAGCGCCCCCAUUGCCGACAACGUCUUGGAUUUCAUCAGAGUUGUCUUCUGCUGCUCCGUCUACCUGGCAUGGUCACGCUUCGCUGUGUGCCUUCUAUUCUAG